AUGCUGGUAUCAGUCGUUUUACCUGCAAGUAUUUAUCAGGUCAUUCUGACCCAUGCGCUGUCCACAGAAAAGGAAGAGAUCAUCGGAAUGCUCAUUGGCAACUGGGAAACCACGCCGUGCAAGAAUCCUUAUAUGAAAGGAAGAACUACUGCUCAUAUCGAAGCUGUCUCCCUCUUGACUCGCUCAGAUAAAAGAAAAGACCGCGUCGAGAUUGCACCGGAACAACUUCACCUGGCCGCUCUUCAAGCAGAAGAAUACAGCAAGAGGACAAAUAAGCCAAUGUGUGUUAUAGGCUGGUAUCACAGUCACCCUCACAUAACAGCUUUUCCUUCUCAUGUUGAUCUAAAAACCCAAUACUUACAACAAUCAAUGGACGACCGAUUCUUUGGCAUGAUUUUAUCUUGCUUUGAUGCCACGCCAGAACAUGAAAACCAUAUUCAUCUGGCUUGCUUUCAAUCAGAAAAGCAAGUUGACGGAACCAUUGGAUCUACUGAAGUUGGAAUAGUCAUAAAAAAAGAAAGUAUAUUUUCUGCGACUUCUAGAGAAAGUAUGAUGGAGCUACCAAGGAGUAUAUUUGAAGAAAAUCAAAAUGAGUAUCAUUCAACUUUUAAUCGAACAUCUCGUAUAUACACAACAAACUCUUGGGAAAACCAAAAGCUUAGCCAGCCUCUUCAAAUGGAGGAUGUUUAUAAUACAUCAGUGUAUGGUCAAUAUGUUGUCAAUCUUAUAGACACUUUUAUUAUUCCCAUGAAACGUAACUUUGAGCUCAGAAGAUUAGCGGUGGAACAAGAAAUUGCUUUAUUAAAGGAAGAAAGAGAUAUACGGGCUAACAAGAAAGUUCCAAAGUCGCUUAUUGAUCUUUACGAUGAAGAAGAAGAAUUAGAAGACAAAAUUGGCCAAGACAAAGACAAGGACGAUUAUAGUGAUAAUUAUAAUUAUAACGAAGAAGAAGAAAAGGGAAAUGGAGAGAUUUAUGAAGCAAAACAAUAUUUGCUUACCAGUAAAUACCCUGUUGCGGAAGAAGCCAGCCCAAAAGUCGAUCAUACCUACAUUAUUCCUGGACUACCCAGUCCUAUUCCACAGUUUGGUAUGAAUGACAUGAUUGCGCUUGGUGUUCCACGUCCAAUCAAUACGGAUCCUAUCUUGUCAGAAUCUCCGGACAACAAUUUUUUCCAUAAGGAAACCAAUGGCAGUGGCGGUAGUAGUUUGAGUCCGUCUACGGUUGAGAUUCUUGAUCUAGAGGAUGAAGAUGAAGAUAGUACUCAUGUAUCAGAAUAUACUAAACAACGGCGCACGAAAAGAGAGAGUCUCAGGCGAUCUAAAUUGAAGACUUCGGAUGUCUUGAUUGAUCUUUCAUAAAGGCGAUUCAAUUCAAGCGUCUUUUUCUCUGUUUAUCUAUCUAUCUAUCCAUAUAUUUAUAUAUCUUUCUUUUUCUUCUUUUUAUUUGACAACAUCAUCUAUACCUAUAUAUCUAUAUAUAUUUUGUAAAGCUUGAAUUAAGUCUCUUGUAUUUAUUCUACUUGUUUAUUUUAUUAUUUACUCUGAAUGGAUUCAUUUCAAGCUUUACCUGAGAAGGAGCGUAAGGUCCUUGCAAUAGCUUGGUAAAUAAAUAUAUAAACAUAUACAU